CCAUUCCUUCUGAUUCAGAUUCUCUCUGACAUUCACACUAUUUCUGCUUCAUUUUGUUAUCUGCAGAUUUUCUGUUUGUACACUUAUGCAAACGUGGAGUUUUGUAAUUUAGCCGUCAUGUCUUAUGACAGAUAUCUUGCCAUCUGUUGUCCUCUACAAUAUAACACACAUAUGACAUCUAACAAGGCCUUUAUCUUUAUUGCUGUGGUAUGGUUGUAUUCUUUUGUUAAAUUCAUGAUAACUUUAUCUUUAAACAUCCACCUGACACUUUGUGGAAACAUCAUAAAGAGUUUUUAUUGUAAUAACCACCUGAUUGUAAAGUUGGCAUGCUCUGACACCAAAGUGAACAACAUUUAUGGACUUUUCGCCACCGCUGUCUCCAUCUUAGUUCCUCUGCUUCCAAUCCUUUUUUCUUACAUGACAAUUCUUAAAAUUUGUUUCUCUGGUUCCAGACAGACGAGACAGAAAGCUGUCAGUACCUGCACACCUCAACUCACUUCUCUCAUUAACUUUUCUUUUGGGUGUUACUUUGAAAUACUUCAAACUAGAUUUGAAAUGAACAAUGUUCCCCGUGAGCUGCGAAUAAUUCUGUCAGCAUAUUCCUCAGUACUGCAACCAAUUUUGAAUCCUGUCAUGUUUGGCAUGCAAAUGUCCAAAAUCCGAAACACAUUUAAAGGUCUGUUCUGUUGUAAAAUGUUCACUGGUCACAGAGAUUCGAUGUAA